AGCCAGGCCCCUCUCUAAUCUGCAGAUGUGUAUUUAGAAGCGGAAUGUUAUUUCCUGGGAACCCGGAAGAGAUUUGUGCAGAGUGUCCGGAAAGCAGCAGACAGAGAUAUAUGGGGGGAAUUGUUAGUGUGGAGGAUGGAGGUGUUUCCUCUGUGUAUGCGGGCUGUCUUCACAUUCGGAGUGAUUUCUAUUGCACUAGGAAAUUAUAAUGAAGAUCUCUAUUCAGAAGAUAAUGACACUGGAGUUGGGCACAAUGUGGAUGCCAUCGCUGAGUCCAUCAACAGUGAACGAGUUGGUGUUUCAGAGACUGUUCAGUACAAGACGGCUGAAAUAGCAGAUGCAAUGCAGAGUUCAGACAUUCAGACUGACCCAGCAGUGCUUUUUUCUAUGGUACCAAAGAAGAUGAAGGACAAAGUUGUCUUGGAAACAUCUAAUGCGGUGUAUGAAACCCAGAAAUCUGAAGGAGAGUGCAGCACCAAUGAAUGCCCACAUAGUACUUCAGACGACCAACUGAAAACAAAAAGGCAAAACACUGCUUUGGAUACAUCAAAUACAGAACAGAUACAAUCAGAAGAAUCAAACGGCACAGAUGGCAAUAAACCUCUGAAAGUAAACUGUGUGGAGCGCAAUAUCACCGGAAUAGACAAUUUCACUUUGCAGGUCCUCAAUGUUUCCCAGGACCUUAUGGAAUUGCUUAACCCCAACAGCAGCGAAUGCACCAUGGUUUUGUUUUUCACUCCAUGGUGCAGCUUUUCUGCUGCUUUGGCACCUCAUUUUAAUGCAUUACCUAGAGCAUUUCCAACUUUGCAUUUUUUGGCCCUGGAUGCUUCUCAGCACAGCAGUCUGUCCACUAGGUUUGGUACGGUUGCUGUUCCAAAUAUUCUAUUAUUUCAAGGUGCUAAGCCAAUGGCCAGAUUUAAUCACACAGAACGUAGACUGGAGCCUUUUAAGGCUUUCAUAUUCAACCAGUCAGGAAUUGAAGCAAAGCCUGAUGUCACAGUAACCGAAGCAGACUGUGAAGGACCAUUGCCCUGCACUCCUCAAACUGGAAUUGACUGGCUUCUAGUGUUCUCCGUUCUCUAUGUGACAGCUUUUGUAAUGUAUGCCACCAUGCAAACGGACAGAAUUAGCUGGCUUAUACCUGGUCAGGAGCAUGAACACCAGGAGUGAUGUUAUCAGAAGCUUGAAUAAAUACUACAAUGCUGGCCCAUGCAUCUGAAUACAGCUGUGAUGGGCAGUUGAAUGCCUAACCAAUCCUUAAACAUAUUUUUUGAGUCAGUAGGGUUGAUUUACUAAAGGAGUAUAAACUGUUCAAUUGGCUUAGUAACUACGAUGAAGUUUUGCUCCCUUUUUGAAUACGCAAUAAUGUGCAAGGAAAAAAAAAUCAGGAUUUUUGCCUGCCCAUGAACAUCUUCACCACAUACAGUAAGCUAAGCAUACACACACGUAACAAAGUGAACAUGCUCUAUUCUUGUUAAUCAAUCCCAGUGCUUCAAAACCUGGUUGAAUGCUUCCACAAGACUGUUUGUUUGUUUUUUAAAUUAUUUGCCUGUUGAAUCUGCCUGAAAGUGGAAACCGAUGCCUUUAUUUUAUCAGCAUAUGUCUCUUAUGGAUAUAUAAUAAAACGCAUGAAAUAAAACCUCAUGGAAAAUA